AUGUUCAGAAUUGCCGUCUUUCGCAGUGCACGCGCCAUACGCCCUCAAAUUCUCCGACCAUGCUAUAAUAUUCCUCGACGUUAUGAAUCGUCGGUCUCUGACGUAGAUAAACAUGCGGCAGCCAAGAAAGCUGCUCAAGUGUUGUCAGACGACUUGCAGCGCGACUGGGACGCCCCGAUAAUAAUGUACAACGAGUUGCUCCCCAAAAUCAAGUCUCCCAGCCCAGAUUCGUAUCUCAUCGAUGUUCGCGAGCCAGAGGAGGUCAUUCAAGGCAUGAUACCCUCUGCAGUCAAUCUGCCCUUGUCCGUCCUUGCCAACUCGCUGCAUCUUCAACCCGGCGAAUUCAAGGCUCGACAUGGUUUUGAAAAGCCUGGGAAAGAGCAGGAGGUUACGUUUUACUGCAGGAGCGGCAAACGAAGUACUAGUGCCAGCGAUAUUGCGAAGCGGAAUGGGUAUACCAAUGUCCUCAAUUACACUGGGUCUUGGUUGGAUAACGCCAUGCUUUCUUUCCGACUCGCAUCUGCCCGACUCUGUCGCGUUCGUUUUCGACUUCCACCUAGUGCUUACCCUCGACAUCGGAACUUGGCCACUCCACCCACACAAUUAGCCUCAAGCACUCUACCAAUCGAACGCUACCAUGCUCUGUCAGACCAAACUAUGGAUGGUCUUCUGCAUUCACUAGAAGAACUAGUGGACUCAAUAGCAAUUGCUGGCUAUGAGGUUGAGUACCAUAGUGGCGUCCUCACCCUCCAACUCGCUGAUCAUGGCACGUAUGUUAUCAACAAGCAACCACCGAACAAGCAGAUCUGGCUUUCUUCUCCAUUCAGCGGACCUAAACGAUACGAUUAUGUCGAACAAACGGAUUCAUGGGUCUAUUCGCGAGAUGGAAAGUCAUUGUCAGACUUGUUGAAUGAGGAGCUCAGCGCGACGCUUCGACGCCCUGUCGAUGUAACGCAGAGCCUGGAAUGA